AUGUUAGAGCCUCUUGAGCUUCGCUCGUAUCCGUCCUGUUCCAACUGCCUGUCGUGGUCCGCAGACGGUGAAGUUGCCGUUGCAGCAGGAGAGAUCGUUUAUGUGCUGUCUCCAAAGCCAAGUAAAGAGGAGAAGCAACAGGAUCAGGCUGCCCAGCGGCCGACGGGGUCACAGUGGGAUAUAUCCAAACUUAAGACCAAUGCUUUCACACUGAAUGAGCUGCCUCUCCUACUCCCAGAGCCUGGUACCACGUUUUCCAUGGGCGAGGAGCAGUCCGCCAGCCAUGCUGUCUCCGUCGCAUGGUCUUCUCCGCGUUUGGCAGUGUAUGGAAAAUGCAUGCUAGCGGUGCUGACCAGCAAUCUCACCCUAUCGCUCUGGCAUGCCGUGGAUGGUGCUUCCAGGUGGAAUCGAACGCUAAUCGUUAACCAUGCACUCCGGAAGUAUUUCAAGACCAUCGUGCGCGAUGACAGUUCCAUGUUAAGGCGAAAACAAAGAAUCAGAGCGUUCUCCUGGAGCUACCUCUCGCUACAAGCUACACAAGAAGAGGUCGAUGAUAAGGGUUCUCGUCAUGGUGGCGGAAUACAUUUUCUCAUUGUCAGCAAUGAUACAAACGAUAUAGUCGUUCUCAGAGUUACUGCACCUUCGUACGGACAAAGUGCAAUUGCUACGGUUCUCUCUCAUUAUUCUCUUUUGCCACAACGUGUCCAGCUUUUUCAGCUGGCGGAGCAAAGUUCUCUAUUUGCUGAGUUGUCCGCAAGCAGGGCUACUAUUACUACUAUCUCAUCUAGUGCCUGGAUAAAGAAGCUAGAGUUAGAGGCUUUCUCAGCAUCCGUUCCUCAGAUUUGGAAGGUUUUAAUCGCCUUCACGUAUGGGUCGAAGUUAGAGAUAUUACAUCUGGAGACAGAGAUUACUGCCACACACGACGAGCCCAUGAUCCAAAGGUUUGAGUUAUAUAACAAAGAGCUAUCACUUCAAUACUCGAUGGCCACCCUUGGUCUAAAGGGUCCUUUGCACUGGUUGGAAACGGCAGAUACCUGGGCGCAAGCUGUGAUAGAGGCAAAAGUCCACAAAGAGAAGUUUGAUGCUUCUUUCGCCAAUUGGCACCCGAUUUCAGGUUUUGCUUCAAGAAAGGAUGGGACGACUGACGGCAGUUUGCUUUAUACUACGACUUUAUCCUCCUUGCACCUUUUGGGAUUUCCGACCAUGGAAACACAAAUACAGCAACCAACAGACGACGAGGAAUAUUCACAAAGCCUAUACUUGAAAAAAGAGGUUGAAAGCUUCAGAGAUCGCUUCGACCUAGAUUACGACCUCAGUGGCAUGUCAACAGCGAAGUCUUGGGGUUUAUGCAGCUAUCGCGGAUGGAUUGCCACUUGUGCAACCUUUCAUCCUACUGACAUGGUACAGCAUACCACUUCUUCUCAAGAACGAAUGACAUUAUUUUUUGCCCCUCCUGGCCCGGACAGAUUUGAUCAUACUGAACCCGGUAUGCCGUGGCAUAUGCCAGCUACCACCCCCGGUAGCAUACAAGAAUCUGCCUGCAAAGUGAUACAGUUUACGUUAAAACAUCGACCUGCCCAGUUAAUGAAAGAUCCAUGGGCACAAAAACUUCUUUAUGCGGCUGCUUGCUCCGUAAUAGUCUAUUAUAAUUCUGACCCCAGGCUUGUGGCUCAGGCGCAAGAAGUGAUGCAGGCUUUGGCUGAUGAGCCCAGCGUAGAUUUGAGUCUAGAAAUGUCUUUACUGGACGAGCUCUUCCGGGAACCGCAUAGAUUAUGCACAAGAACAAUAUCUCCAAAAACGAAAAACCAGCUCAAAGGCGGCGCUGGGAGCAGUAUGUUUGAAAAGUGCGAUAUCUGUGACAGUGGAAUCGAAUGGUAUUCUCCUAUGGAAUCACAGUGUGCGGAGGGCCAUCUAUUUGACAGCUUGAUUAAUUCCUCAUUUAAGACCUAG